GAUUACUUUUUUGGUGCUCUAAUAAUAUAUUUCUGGUGCUCCUGAAAGCCCCUUAAAUCUUUGUUCCAGAACAUUGAAAAAACUAUUUAUUUGGGUCAUUUACAAAACAAAAACAAAUUUUUUUAAACCAACUCAGCCAUUACUAGUGCCUGAUAACGAAGUGACAACCUUCCCCACCACCAAUAGAAGGUCCGCAAGGUCAUUCUUGUCCCUCCUACACCUCAUCACUUGGGAGUCGUAUGCUUGAAGGUAAGGUUGCAAUUAUAACUGGUGCUGCUAGUGGCAUUGGUGAAGCAUCAGCGAAACUUUUUUCUAGAUACGGAUCCAAAGUUGUGAUUGCAGACAUUCAAGACGACUUGGCACAAAAUGUUUGCAAAGAUUUGGAUCCAUCAUCAACUACCUUUGUGCAUUGUGAUGUUACAAAAGAGGAAGACUUAGAAAAUGUUGUGAACAUUGUUGUAGACAAGUAUGGCAAGCUAGACAUCAUGUACAAUAAUGCUGGUAUUAUGGGAGCAGUCAAAUCCAAUAUUCUUGAAAAUGAAAAAUCUGACUUCGAAAAAGUCAUUAGUACUAACCUCGUAGGUACAUUUCUUGGAAUUAAACAAGCAGCACGAGUCAUGAUCCCUCGUGGUCAAGGUAGCAUAAUUACAACUGGUAGUGUCUGUGCAUCAAUAGGUGGUGUUUGUCCUCAUUCCUACACCAGUUCAAAACAUGGAUUGUUAGGACUUACUCGGAAUGCUGCAAUUAAUUUAGGACGGUAUGGCAUUCGUGUGAAUUGUGUGUCACCUUACGUUAUUCGUACAACAUCAGCUUUAGAUACCUUAAAAAAGAUGGGGAAGGAAGAUUCAGAUGUUUAUUCUACCUUAAACGGUCCUACACUUACUCCUUAUGAUGUCACCGAAGCAGCUGUUUUCCUAGCAAGUGAUGAGUCCAAGUAUGUAAAUGGCCAAGAUUUUAUUAUUGAUGGGGGAUUCACAAUUGAGAAUCCAGGUUUAUCAAUGUUCAAGUAGUUUUUUGUAUUUGAUAAAGAAUUUGGAAUAAGAUUCAUGUUUAUUUCUUUUCAGUAGAGGUCAUGUCCAUAUUUUAUAAACAAAUUAAGUAUGUUUUUAUUUAUUUUUUUCGCCUUUU